AUGGUUAAGUUUGUGGAGAACCCAAAUGGGCACUGUCGGAUGUGCACCGAAUCCGACGAGAAAGGUGUACUUGUGGAAUGCUGCGAAUGUGACCGUUGGUUCCACUUGGCAUGUGUGGGACUGAAGGACCCGCCAAGAAGUGAAGACUACUGGACAUGCCAAAAAUGCCACGAGAUUGCAGAAAAUCAGCAAAGGAUGGAAGAAAAACUUAAGAAAUUGGAAGCCCAAGCCAAAAGCAAAAGAACACCAUCGUCGGUAAGAACAACAACAACCGAAGAAAUAUUGCGUAUUCAUCAAAAAACUAUGGAGGCUCUCGUUAAGCAGCUCCAAGUUAAACCCGAACCAACUCUAGAUAUCAGUCAGGUCCAACCCAAUCAAAAUGAAGAUUGGACAAUCUACCUGAAAAGGCAAGCUCUGGCUGACUUGCCUAGGUUUGAUGGCGCGCCAAAAGACUGGCCAAAAUUUAAGAAAACAUACGAAAAAACAACAAAAACAGGAGCUUUUACCAAUCUUGAAAAUUUAAACCGGCUGCAGAAGGUUCUGUGUGGAAAUGCCGCGAAAACUGUGAGUCAACUGCUGAUCGACCCGGAGAAUGUCAAGAAAAUAAUCGAAAGACUAGAAGAAACAUACGGUCGACCAGAGGCGAUUUAUAACGAACUUCUCCACGAACUAAUGAAAAUUCGUAAGGAGAAUAAAAGUGCAUUAUUAGAAAUAGCAGAUGCACUGGAUAAUCUCGUGAGUACAAUAAAUGUAAUCAAUUGUGCUCAAUAUCUGAACGACCCUCGUUUGGUCGAUACUAUAGUAAAGAAAUUGCCCUAUAAUAUUCAAAUAAAGUGGGCUGAAGAAUUGAGCAAAGAAAACAUUCAUUGCCCAGAUUUAAAAAUACUGAAUGAAUGGAUAAAACCACUCGCCAAAAUUCAGAGGAUGGUUAACCCUUCGAUCGAGAGCUCUGAAAGAAAGCCAAGAGUAAACAUUCACCAAGAUAACCGGAAAAGGUUCUACAACAAAUGUCCAUUUUGCGAAAAGGACCACAAAGUCUAUGAACGUGAGACAUUCAAAAAAAUGAACACUGAAGCAAGGAGAAAAAUUGUAACACAAGAACGACUUUGCUUUGGGUGUUUAGGAGCAAACCAUCUGAUGAAAGAUUGCGAACGUGCUAGAACAUGUGACAUCGAUAAAUGCCAGGAAAAACAUAGUAGAUGGCUACACCCGAGAAAUAAGAAAAACGUAGACAAGACUAACCAAAUGAUGGCGACGCCGAAAGAAGAAAUCAUAGAAAAGUUUGAAACCACAGAAAACGCUUCAUCUUCUAACUCUGGAACUACAAUUCACCAUCAAACAUUCAGAAAUAAUAUUUAUUUCCAAAUUAUUCCCAUAACACUUAGAAACAAGGGAAAGGAAGUUAAUACUUUUGCUUUCUUAGACGCCGGCUCAUCACUAACUUUAAUCGAGGAACAAAUUGCUGAUGAACUCGGCCAUGAGGACGCUCAAAUCCUCUCAAGCUCACCUGGACGCAAAACGUCACCAAGCAAUCAAACAGCAGGCAGGUACAAGUUACACUCGUCGGACCUUCAAAGAAACCAUUCAACCUGA